AAAUUAAAGGAAGUAAACUAAAAAAGAAGAAGAGACAAAACUAAAUUUUAAAGAGAAAUAAUUGAAUAAAAUGAGUUUUAAUGGUUAUAGAGACGUAAUUAAAGAAGGCGAUUCAGUUAUCUUGUAUCUUACAAUAACACAAAUAUAUUCGAUAAAAGCUCAAUCUAAAAUUAUUAAUAAGAAAGGAAUAUUAGUUGAUAACGUAUUCCAAACGAAUUACGGAGCUUUGAAAUGCGUGGACCUCAUUGGUAAAUAUUUCGGUACUAAGGUAAUGUUAAGCAAAGGUUGGGGUUACGUUUUACAACCUACACCUGAAUUGUGGACUAUUACAUUACCCCAUCGAACGCAAAUUAUAUACACGCCGGAUAUAAGUAUGAUCGUGUUGCAAUUAGAAUUAACUCCUGAUAGUAUAGUUAUCGAAAGCGGUACAGGAAGUGGAUCUUUAUCGCACGCUUUAAUUAGAGCCGUGAAGCCACAUGGACAUCUAUAUACAUUCGAUUUUCACGAAGAUAGAGUGAAAACUGCUACAGAAGAAUUUUCAAAUCAUGGUUUUUCUGAAUAUGUCACAGUUCAACAUAGAGACGUGUGUGAAAAUGGGUUUGGGGGACAUUUAGACGGUAAAGCAGAUGCUGUGUUUUUAGACCUACCGCAUCCUUGGUUUGCUAUAUCGCAUGCAUUGAAAAGUAUUAAAACAUCUGGUGGACGAUUGUGUUCGUUUUCUCCAUGUAUAGAACAGGUUCAAAAAAGUUGUCUUGUAUUAUUGAAAUUAGGAUUCCAGGAGAUUCAAACAAUGGAAGUUUUACAAACACAAUUUUCAGUGCAGCAAAGAUCCAUUCCUAUUAUUAAUUUAGAUUUUGUUAAAACGGAAAAAAAAGGAACAGAAGAAGGUAAAAAAGAGAGGGAAACAUCGAAAGUCGUUGCUUCUGUUCCACCUUUAAAUUUACCUGGUCAUACAGGUUAUUUAACUUUUGCUACAUUACCGCCUGUUUGGGCUAGAGGCUUACAGAGAACUUUAAACGAAGAUGACAUGUCACUUGAAGAAUGUGAUACAUUUUGUAAUUAAAUUUUGUUAUUCAAUAAAAAAAUUAUUUCUA